CCUUUCACUAUUGAAAUAUUUCUCUGUCUGUCUUUUCCAGGCAAAGAUGGGAGGGAGAGUGAGAACGAGGAGAAAACAUAUAAAAAAAUCAAUGCAGGAGAGAAACCGUAUAAAUGUGUGGAAUGUGGAAAGAGCUACUGUUCCAAAUGGUAUCUUAGUGAGCACAAAAAAACCCACACGGGAGAAAAACCGCAUCAUAAAUGCCUGGAGUGUGGGAAGUCCUUCACUGAGAAAGCAUACCUCAAAGUGCACAGAAGAAUCCACACAGGAGAUAAACCAUAUAAAUGCCAGGAGUGUGGAAAGAGCUUCAGGGAGAGAGGACACUUUACUGUACAUACAAGAACCCACACAGGAGAGAAACCAUAUAAAUGUGUGGAGUGCGGAGAGGACUGUGCUACGAAAUGGAAACUUAAAGUGCACAAAAGAACCCACACGGGAGAAAGCCUGCCUUAUAAAUGUGUGGAGUGUGGAAAGGAAUGCGCUACAAAAUGGAAAUUUAAUUUGCACAAAAGAAUCCACACGGGAGAAAAACCGUAUACAUGUGUGGAAUGUGGAAAGAGCUUCACUGCGAGUGCAUCCCUCAAAAAGCAUGGAAGAAUCCACACAGGAGAGAAACCAUAUAAAUGUCUGGAAUGUGGAAAGAGCUUCAGUGCGACGACGAAUCUCAAUACGCAUAAAAGGAUCCACACGAAAGAGAAACCCUAUAAAUGCCUGGAGUGUGGAAAGAGCUUCGCUGAUAGUUCACACCUGAAAGUGCACAGAAGAAUCCACACAGGAGAGAAACCAUAUAAAUGCUUGGAGUGUGGAAAGAGUUUCGUUGUGAGAGGACACCUUACUAGGCAUACAAGAAUCCACACAGGAGAGAGACCAUAUAAAUGUGCGAAGUGUGAAAAGAGCUUCAGCACCAAGAUGAAUCUCAGUGUGCAUGGAAGGACCCACACGAAAGAGAAACCAUAUGAAUGCUUGGAGUGUGGAAAGAGCUUCAGUGUGAAAGGAAACCUUACUCAACAUAAAAUAACCCACACAAGAGAGAAAACGCACAAAUGUGUGGUGUGUGGAAAGGGCUGCAGUACAAAAUGGGAACUUAAUGCCACAAAACAACCCACACGGGAGAAAAACCAUAUAAAUGUGUGAAAUGUGGAAAGAACUCCUGUUCGAGGAGGAAUCUCAGUUUGCAUGAAAGGACCCACAUGAAAGAGAAACCCUACAAAUGCUUGGAGUGCCACAAGAGCUUCCAGCAGAGCGCCCAGCUUUCUUGCCACAGGAAGAUCCACACUGGUGAGAAACUGUAUAAAUGCCGGGAGUGUGGAAAGCACAUCAGCGAUUGCAGUGCCUUCUGUUGCCAUCAGAGAACCCACACGGGUCAAAAGCCAUUCAAAUGCUUAGGAAGUGGCAAGACCUGUAGGAAUAGCGCAGAGAUUCCUUUACAUCACACAAGUAUUGACAGAAGAGUGCGUCUUUAAGGUUAAAAGACAACAAGCCAGGUAACUGAGGAGAAAUAUAUUUUGAAGGAGAAGGAAGUGGCUCAACAGAGCAGAAACAAGUUUGUUUCGGUAAGUUGUAAAAGGAUCAGCACCAAGUAUAUGUGUUUGUGUGUGUUACAGAAAACGUUAUACUGUUAAUUAUCAUGUUCAGCUGCUAAUCUAGGUCAGCAAGUAAAUUUGAGCCACACCCGAUGGGGUGUAACUGUAUGUGGUUUAGAAUACAGUUCAGCUCUAUGCUCACAACGCUUUUGCUCUGAGGAGCUUAUUCUCACAGCAUUUUGCUCAACAAUUUACGCUGCUCAUUUGAAGGAAGAUUAAGACGCCUUGUUUUUUGCGUUGUGUAUUUCUUACAAGGACGAUGUAAGUUUGUGGCACUGUUUAUUUUGUAUACAGCACUGCAAGUUUAUGUUUUAACUCUGCUGACAAGAGUAAAGUUUUCUGUUUUUUCUUCCUCCUGCUUUUGUGCAAAGUUAUUGUGCCUUUUGCAUUGGACCAAACUAAAUUCCGCUUACGUACAACAAAGUUAACUGUUUGAAAGUUAUAAAAUAACAAUGUUAUGUAUUUAAAGGAGUGAAAAACAGUUACAGUCAUAUCCAGGUGGAACUGAAGUAAUGUACUUUGUAACAGAUAAGCUUAUGUGCAGAAGAAUUCAUAAAUAAACAUUUAUUUAUUUC